AUGUGCAUUGCCAUCCAGCUCGCAUGCAAGCACGACGAUGCCCUUUUUCGUCUCUCGCACUCCUAUCCGGUUCUCCAGCGGCUCAUUGGAUUCUUAUACGGCAGCCUGCUCACCGGCAAGGCAUGCCUAAUGCUCGUCUGUCUGAGCCUCGUCCUGCGCUACGACGGCGACAUUGUCACCGCCGCUGCUGCCGCCGACGUCCGUCCCGAGCGGGCCUCGCUGGGUCCAGACGGUGCCGCACGCUCGGCAUUCAACAAGCGCCAGGCCGUCGUCCGCUUUCUGACACGCGCGUGCGGCGCGUCGCCCGUCGUCGAGCUCGCCCUUGGCAUUGGCAUCAUCACCUUUUGGUUCAGCAGUGAUCAAUUUCCAAAAGUGGCGCUGCCCACGGCAAAGGAACGCGCGCACGCGCACCGUGGCGACCAGCUCUUUGCCGGCUUCAUCGUCUGCUGGAUCUGCUGCGUGCUCACUUCGCUGGCAUUCUUCUUUGUCGCCUCGUGGCACCACUCGCGCGUCGACUGGCAGAUCCAGAUGCUGCUGGCCGAGGAGCAGCUGGCGGCUGUCAAGCGCGCGCCCACGGUGCGCCUCGAGUCGCGCACGGGCUGUCCGACCGGCCGGUCCGGCGACAGACCGAAGCAGCAGCAGCAACAGCAGCAGCAGCGCCGUCGCGGCCGUCGCGAGCGAGGAGAAGAAGAACAAGAGCAACAUGAGCAGGGCAAUCCGACCGCUUUUCUCGCCCAUCGCGCGCACGGAUCGAGCUCGCCGUCGCUGUCGCCGCGCCUGACGAAUCGACUGAGCACGCUGGCCGAGCAGACGGAGCCGGCCUCGUCGCCCGUGCUGGCCGCCUGCGUGACAGUCGCGCCCGCUUCCGCGACGGAAUCGUCGCUCUCGCCGGCAUCGUCGACCAAGAGCCACUUUUCCAUGGGGCUCGGGCCUGGUGGCGUUCUUUUCGAGGCCUCGCUCCUGGCGCAGCGCGCCGCUUUUGAGGAGAUGAAGCGCCACCGUGGCGACGGUGCCGGAGGGGGAGGAGGAGACGGCGGCGACAAUGACGACAAUGACGGAGACGAGGUCUCGCGCGGACAAAAGGAGCUUCGACGGCUCACGUUUGCCGCCUUCUCGUGGGCGGGCAAGCAGCUCGGCGAGGGGAGCAGCAACCCACACAGCAGCGACCAUAUGGCCGCUCAUGUCGGUACCGGCGGCGGCGGCGGCACCAGCGAAGGCAAGAUGGAGGAAGGACGCAGUGACUUGAAACAACAGCAGCAGCAGCAGCAUCACGAAACGAUGAAAGAAAAGGUACGUAGGCACGUCAGCGUCUCACCUCACCUGCUCGUCCAUCGCAGUGCUCCACACAAGGGCCCAGAAGAGCGUGUCAAGUCACCAAAAGUUGAAGAAGAGCCCAAGCUCGAGGUGGAGAGGACGGAAAGGGAAAAGGACAAGCUCAGAGUCUCGCCAUCGUACGUCGAUCGCGACAAGCGCAAGGACUCGACGCCCAUCUCGUCGGCCGUCUCGUGGGACGGGAGCUUGUGCACCGACGAGGCCGGCUACGAACGCAUACAAUCAGCACUGGGUCGGGAAGGCGUCGAAGGAAAGGGAGGCGGCGGCGGAGGAGGCGAGGGAGAGAAGGUCGGAGAGCGCACAGACGAGGGCGACGACUUUGCCACGGUCCCCGAGACGUUUGACGUGCAGUUUGACGUGCGGACGGUGCAUGUUGGCGAGUCGCACGAUGCCGAGAUCUCGAUGGGCCAGCCGGGGACGGAGCUGUGCGACGUCGAUGGGUCGGACAUUGCCACGGUUGUUGUGCUUGACCAGGCGCGACGAGUGGCGAGCCACGUUGUCGAUGAUGAUGACGACGACGACGACGGCGACGGCAAUACCACCAACGGCCAGAGAGGCGACCGCGCCGUGCUCCAUUCUCGUGUACCCAAUAAUGACAGCCAAAAGGCCAUGACGAGCCCACUGCUGACGCCCCUGCGAGCCGGACCCGGACCGGUCGCAGAGAGGAGCGUGUCCAACUACCCCUUUCCCAGCACGCCGUCGCCAGGACCAUCGAUGGCGCCGCAGCUUCAGCAGCAGCAGCAGCAGCAGCGAGGCCAGCUGCUGGAGCUGCCAGUCCCCUCGACAGACAACUCCGUCGACUCUGACCAGCGGCAUCGGCAAGAAGCGCGCGAGCAUGCCGAAAACGUGCUCAUCAACGCCCAGGCGAGGGCGCCCGCUUCGCCGUGGACGUUCGGGCAGCCAAACACAAGCACGUAG